AUGUCGGCUUACAAGCAACCGAUAGGGCAGAAGCGCCUGACGAAUAUCGCGGUCGUGAGCGAGAAGGACUUGGACGAGGUGCUCCAGAGCCAGACGGUGUUCUCCAACGUGGGGAAGGGCACACUCGCGAAAUCCAAGGAUCUCGUCGCAGCGUUUGGCACGGACGACCAGGAGAAGGUGUGCCUUGAGAUUCUGGAGAAAGGGGAGUACCAGGUGUCCGAAAAGGAGCGGGAGAUGCAGGCAUCCGCGUUAUUGAGGGACAUAACGUGCCUUGUAACGGAGCGAACUGUGAAUCCUGAGACGCACCGGCCUUAUCCGGUGGGCAUCGUGGAGAAGUUUAUCCGCGACAUCCAUUUCUCCGUUGACCCCAAUCGAUCCUCCAAGCAGCAGGCCCUGGAUCUGAUCCGCCAGCUGUCGCAGCGCUUCCCCAUCACGCGGGCGCGCAUGGAGCUGCGCCUCGUGCUUCCCUCCACGGCGCUGCCGUCAGUGCAGGCAGAGCUGCAGCAGAUGGGUGCGCUCAUGCGCUCCCAGGCGCAGCCAGUGGACUCCGCCCAAAACGCACCCGCGCAGGUCUCCAUGGUGUGCCAGAUCGAGCCGGGCCGGUUCCGAGAGGUAGACUCGCUCAUGCAGCGCGUGAGGGGGCGGCUGGAGGUGCGGGCGGCAGCAGUGCAGCAGGAGGGCGACCUGUCCUUUGACUCGCUCGACGAAUCCGAAGCAACGGUUGCUGGCACUGCCAUGACGGCACAUGGGGGAGGAGCAGCAGCAGGAGCCGCAGAGGAUAGGGGAGCUCAGGCAGUCAGGGAUCCGUUGCAGAGAGGUACAGAGGCUGUGGGGAGGGGAGGUGGGAGGGCAGGUGCUGGUGGUGGUGGUGCUGGAAGGGAUGCUGAGUUGCUGGUAGAUGCAGCUACCAGAGGACUGGGGGGUGUUGCUGUUUCAGAUGGGGUUACAGUAGGUGGUGGUGCAGCAGGUGGUUCAAGUGCGGGAGGUAAAGUGAGUGGACGGCAGCAGCGGUGCAGCACAUGUGGGGAUGGAGCAACUUUUGAUGACACCAAGUUGUUUCGGGAGCAUAUGAAGUCGGACUGGCACAAGCAUAAUAUGAGGCGCAAGGUGAGGGGCAUGCCUCCUGUUUCUGCGGUUGAAUGGGAGGCAGAUACGAGCCUAUUUGCAGAUGAAGCACAUGAUUUGCACGAGUACGAGAAGUAG